UGUCUGCUAAACAAGGAUUACAGAGCAAGGGAUCUCUCCCUCUCUCUAAUUCUCUCCCUCUGAUGGUGGUGAAAUGACAGUCAUGUUGAUGGAAGAUAUCUCAUUUCUGGACACAGAGAGGAGAUUCACCUGAGAUUCAGUCAAGUCUCAGACUUUGGUCGCGUCUAGACCCCUGGGGAAGAUCCAUGGAGGAGGAGGAGAACCCUUUGGAGAGGGAGCAUACUCUAGCAGUGGUUCUACCAGGAGGCCUGGAGAAAAUGGCCACGGUACAUGGGAGUAAACCUGUGAUGGACUUACUGGUCACACUCUGUGCCCAGUACCACCUGAAUCCAUCUGACUUCACCAUGGAAAUCCAGUCGGCCAAUAGAAACGACAUCUCCUUCAAACCCAGCACUCUGAUUGGAGCCAUGGAGCCUCACAGGAUCCUACUGAAACCUAAAGGGGGAGAGGAGAAGAUAAAGAGGCCGUACAUGCCAGAGUUCACCGUACGUCUGCUGAUCAACUACAAGAAGAACCAUAAGGCCGUUGUGCGGGUCAACCCUAGAGUCCCUCUGGAGCAGCUCCUGGCUGCCGUGUGUGAGAAGUGUGAGUUUGCCCUGGAGUCCACCAUUUUACUGAGCGCCAACGACUCUGAAGGACCUUUAAACCUGAGCAGGUCCCUCGAUGACUAUGGACUAAGGGAACUAUACGCCAAGGACAUAGCAGAAGCACCUGUAGAAACACCCCCCCUACCAAGUAAAGAGCAGAAACAGAAGGAGAAAGAGAACAGGGGAUUGUUCGGCUUAUUCAGGAGAAUUAAGAAGAAACCAGAAAAGGUACUUUGUUUUACUCUUCCACAGCUUAGCUUUACCAUCGUACGUAAGCGUUGUGUAAGAAGUAGAUUUUAGACUUU